UUUUGAUGGCUAAUAUAUAUACAAUAAAUGUGGAAUUUAAAGCUUCGGAAUUCUGUGGAAGGAAAUGAUGCCUUCGCAUUCUUCUGACUGCAUUGAAGGUGGCGAUCUUGGCGAACAGUACUAGGCUACUAUGGGAACAAGAAUGGUACUGUGGAGGGGCACUGUGGGAAGAGAAGUGUAGCGGUGCUGCCAUUGAACGGGGACAGUUGGAAAGCCUUUCUUGUCACCUCCCAUUCACACUCUCCCAUUCAUUCACAUUCAUUCUCCUCGUUGCUUUCCUGCGGUCUGCUUCCUUCCUCCGUUUGCUUCUUCCUCUGCCUCCUUCCUUUCGCUUUACAGAUAGUAGGCGGCGUAGAGACAAAGCGCGUGAAAGGGAGAGGAUGCAGCGGCGCAGGUCGACGCCGGCCGGCAUCUCGACGCUGCGGUGGGCGCUAACGUGCGCCAUCGGAGCUGUCGCUGUCGGUGCGCUGGUGGCCGUCCACGUGUUCCUCCUCCCCUCCGCCGCCGUCCCCGACGCCUUCAAGCUCCCCAAGCAACGUGAGAUUGGAUACCGGCGAAAGGCUAACGAGCUCGGCUGGACCCAGGAAAUCGCGCAUCCCCAACUCGCCAAGCUUCGGAUUUCCACUCAGAAGGUGGGCAUCACGAUGUCAGAUUCUUGGUUCGCGAAGUUGUGGAAGCCUCCGGCAAAUCGUAAUUUUGUGCCCUGUGUCGCUCCCAGUUCAUAUUUUCUGCCUCCUUCUCAAUCGAGGGGCUACUUGCUAGUUCAUGCCAAUGGUGGGUUAAACCAAAUGCGAGCUGGGAUAUGCGACAUGGUAGCCGUUGCACGAUUGAUUAAUGCCACACUUGUUAUUCCUCAACUUGAUAAAAGAUCGUUUUGGCAAGAUUCUAGCAACUUCUCUGACGUUUUUGAUGAAGAACAUUUCAUCCACACCUUGGCCGAUGAUGUCGAAGUUGUAAAGAAACUACCAAAAGAACUGAUGACAGCUGCAAAAGCAGUAAUACAUUUUCGAAGCUGGUCAGGACUAGAUUACUAUCAAGAUGAGAUAUCACACGUGUGGGAUAAAUAUCAGGUUAUCAAAGCUGCCAAGUCAGAUUCACGUCUUGCAAACAAUAACCUUCCUCCUGACAUUCAAAAACUUCGUUGCCGUGCUUUUUAUGAGGCUCUCAGAUUUGCUCCACGGAUUGAGGCACUAGGAAAAUUAUUGGUGGAGAGAAUGAGGUCUUACGGUCGAUAUAUUGCUUUGCACUUGCGUUAUGAAAAGGACAUGCUUGCUUUUAGUGGGUGCACAUAUGGCUUGUCUUCGGUUGAAUCUGAUGAAUUGGCAAGAAUUAGAGAGAACAUUUCACACUGGAAGGUUAAAGAAAUUGAUCCCCAAGAACAAAGGGCCAAAGGGUAUUGUCCAUUGACCCCAAAGGAGGUUGGAAUCUUUCUUUCUUCUCUUGGAUAUCCAUCGAAUACUCCAAUAUAUGUUGCAGCAGGGGCGAUAUAUGGAGGCGGCUCUCAUUUGUCUGAUCUAGAAUCUCGCUUUCCCAUUUUAUUAAGCAAGGAGAAAUUGGCAUCUGCAGAAGAGCUUGAACCUUUCAAAGAUUAUGCCUCACAAAUGGCCGCACUUGACUACAUUGUAUCGGUGGAAAGCGACGUAUUUGUCCCCUCAUAUUUAGGGAAUAUGGCAAGGGCAGUUGAGGGUCACCGCCGCUUCCUUGGCCACAGGAAAACAAUUAAUCCUAACAGAAAGGAUCUUGUUCAGCUGUUUGAUAAGAUCAAUCGAGGAUCUCUCAAAGAGGGGAAGAAGUUAUCAAAUAUUAUUGUAGAGAUUCAUAAGAGACGGCAAGGUUCUCCCCGCAAAAGGAAAGGUCCCAUUCCUGGCACGAGGGGUGUGGAAAGGUUUCGGUCCGAAGAAGCAUUCUAUGAGAACCCUCUGCCAGAUUGUUUGUGCCAGCAUUAACAUGAAGAGUUCGAUAACUCACCUGUGCAUAGAUAAAUUGGUAUACACCGAAGCCCCGUGUAGAGCAUCAUGUCCUACACCUGAUGGCUUGGCAAAAGAUUGAUACCCUCUAGCUAACAUCCGAUGAGGUGUUGGAAUCUCGACAUGCUUGACCCUAUUAGCUAUAGCACAGACAACCCUAUUGUUGGGAUGAACCGAUGAAGUCGGAUCUCUUGUUUUGCAGACUUAAAGAGAAGCUGAUGAGAAGGAUUCAGAAAGCAACUACUGGAACAACUGCUGUAACAGCCAUAUUGGAAAGAAGAUGACUCAUAGCACUAGUUUUCAUGUUCCUAUAUAUAUACAAUUGAACAAAAAUCAGCAGGGGGUGUCUCAAAUCUGUACAUCAACCACAUGAUGAUCUUUCAUAUUUUAUUGAAAAAAUCAGUUAAAACUUGAUUCAAUUGUUCUAAUUAGUAAUUACUGAGAAAUCAAACCUUUGUAUUUGGUUUCUCCUCAAACAUUUCUUGUGAUUCUAUCUCUGGUUCAUUUUACGCUACAAAGAGUGGUUUUCUUUAGUGUUUCA